GGGAUGAUAUGCUUGUUUCCCAAAACCGAAAUAACAGUUCGCUGCAUUAGCGACGAGACACAUUGACACCUUCCGGUCGCAGGUUCCUUGCAUCGGCAACUCCGAUGAUGUAGUAGCGUGCGAUUGCAGUGCAGCGGAACGGAGCCCUUGGCCUCGCCACAGAGCAUUAUGGCAUUCCGCUGCUCUUGCUCCUGUUGAUCGCAAAGCGUGCGAGCGGUGCAUCAUGCAAGGAGCGGUGGUGGCCAGCACUCGUAGGUCCUCGCAGGAAUCAAGAUCGUAUCUUCUCGCAACGACUACCUAUCGAUACCAUUCCUUGCAAGCACUGAGGUGGUGGUGGUGGUGGUCGUGGUUGGAACGAUUGUUGGGAUUUCUAAAUCCAUCAUAGAAUGUACCCAACCAGGUCCAAAUCCUCGUCUAUCUGCCAUUUGCUCUCUAUAUACUUUUAUACACUAUAGAAGAGGGGCUAUUUUCAGAGUCCCAGAACUCUGCCUCUGAGGACCGGUCUUGGAGACACGUGUCAACUGCUGGAAUCGUGUGCCCGAUCGCCGCCUGUGCGCUCUCUUGCCGUACCGGAAGUGACCUGCGACAGGCCAUAGACAGUUUAUCAUCGAGUCUUCAACGAUAUAAAUCAUAUAAUGUCCUUCUUUCUUAGCUAAUCAUUAAUCAGUUGAUUGGUCGAUCAGAUCCUGUUCAAUUUUCAGAUCCGUCCAACUCGUACGCCUCUACCUGUAGCCGGCUCUUCGCGGUGGGUCGUUCGGUCCUUAGGUCGGGCGAUCGAAACCAUCUACGUUGAACAAUUGGACAGGUCGAAGUGAAUAUUCCGUUUCUUUGUUUUGAGUACCUGGUUCCUGUGAGUCACUGAAGGUAAUUGGUUGGAUUUUGGAUUGAUCGGUUGAGAACGGAACGGCCAGAAAGCUGUGUGCGCGCGGAUUCGUAUAUUUCCUCUUUGCUGCUGUGGAGUUCUCCUUCUAAAUUAGCGGUCUUAUUUAGCACGAUAGGGUCUAUCUUGCCGCCUUUCUCCCGCUAUUGCCACCGUUCUCCGCAUCUGGCGAUCCGUAUCACCACGGCCAUCGCCAUCGCCUCGCUGUCGCUGUGCAUUCUUUUGUGACUUAGUCUCGUGGUAUCGGCUUUCGGCAUCGCAGCUCCCCUGCCUCCUAACCGAACCACCUACUUUUGCUUUGCUCUCCAUCGGGGUCUCCCUUAUCUUUCCCUGCUCGAUAUCCUGUCGGCUAUCACUUAGGCAUCCUUCCCUUCUCGCCAUAAGGACUUAUGUGUCUCUCUGCCUAGGGUGUGCGUCUUCAUCAGUGUGUGCGCCUUCAUCAGAGUGAAAUACGUAUAUCCAAUCUCAGCCACGACCAGCUGUGUAACGAGGUCCAAACUUAACAAAUCUCAGCCACUACCAGCUGUUUAGCGAAGUCGAAACUUAACAUUGUACGUGCUUUACAGCUUCUCGCUUAUUGACGCUGUCCAAUCCGAAAUUCAAUCUGCCGCUUAUCCGGCUUCAUAUCGUCUCGCCUUCCUCUCCGCACUUCUCUCUCUCUCUCUCUCUCUCUCUCUCUCUCUCUCUCUCUCUCUCUCUGUGGGUGCUUUCGCCUCUUCUUCCGCGUCAUCAGCGCUGUCCUCGUCGACAUCCGAUUUGUCAGCGGUAGCGCUACGUGUCCUUUUCCCCUCUGUACUAUCCUCCCAGCCACUCCUCCAGCUUUCACCCUCUCUUGGACCCUCCGCCGUUUGUUAUCCAGCGCGUCGGAAUUUGUAGGGGCAGAAGUAAAUUGGGUGAAAAUGUGUCGGUUGAUGGCAUAUCUGGGGUCACCAUGCCUGUUGGCGGAUCUGGUGACGAAACCAUCUCGCUCGCUGACGCGGCAGUCUUACGAUGCGAAGGAGAGAUUGACGGGCCAUGGUUACUUGAAUGGGGACGGUUUUGGGGUUGGUUGGUACACACCGGAGACGCAUUCGAGGGGAGACCCCACUCCCUGCGUGUUCACCAGCAUUCAACCGGCGUGGAACAAUGGGAAUCUUGAGAGAUUGGCCAAGAAGAUCGUCUCGCCGCUCAUUUUCGCCCACGUGCGGGCGGCAUAUCCAGGGAUACCAGUCAGCGAUUCCAACUGCCAGCCUUUCGUGUGCGGUCGAUAUAUGUGGAUGCACAACGGCACAGUUGGGGGGUUUCUCAACGUGAGACGGAAACUGCUGAACCGACUUCGCGAUGAUGUGUACGAUGAAUGUCCCAGUUUCGAAUCGGACUCGGGGAUCAGCUUCGCCAUAUUCCUCAAUCAGAUCGAGAAUCCAAUGGUGGAGCUUCCUCCUGAUGAGCUGGCUGCCAAACUCCAGGCCACGAUUAACGAGAUCCAAGCGGUGUGUGCUGAGGGAGGUUGCGCCGAGGAAGAGAGUUUGCUGAACUUCGUCGUCUCCGAUGGCAACACUGUGGUCGCCUCUCGCUACUGCAACGUCCCUGGAGAGCACGGCGCUUCUCUGUAUUAUGCGUCGGGAUCGCAUUUCGUCAGUGUGGAGCCGGACAGUAACAACUAUUUCGUGAAGCACGAGGAAAAAAGACCUCUCCUCGGUAUUGUCGCUUCGGAGCCUCUCACCGAUGACAGCGCGGACUGGCUGAGAGUGCCACGCAACAGCAUGGUCGUGAUGACGCGGAUGAAGGGUGAGUUCGUGGACGUCAUCGUCGUACCGAUCAAUGCGCCACCCCCGGUGGCAAAGGACGUCUCCCGGUGCUUUAAGGCUCUGGAGAACGGCGGCGUGGCGACUGUGUUGCAGGGAGGCGAGGGGCCCGGAAUGUGGAAGAGCGAAGUCUUGGACGGUGUGCGGGUGGUAGAGGAGGCUCGUCAUGCCUUCAGCGCUCACGGACGGGCUGUGAUGGCAGUUGCGUGCGACGGAAGUCGUCUCUGGGCCGGCCUGCAAGAUGGCGCCAUCAAGGUUUUCGACAUGACCGAAUUCCGUUGCGUGCACACCUUGGUCGGCCAUAGCCAGACCGUGCUUGCGCUGAAAAUUCACGGAAAGCAACUGUACAGUUUGUCAACGAAGAUCGUGAAGGUGUGGGAUACGCUGACGUACGAGUUGUUGUCAACGAUCCGUUACUCGGACGGCGACGUGUUCGCGCUGGGGCUGGCCGACGGCCAAUCCGUUCGAGGUCCAGCGGAGAUGCCGGUCUUGCGGUGCUAUCGACCUAGCUGCCAACAGGCGGCGCCGACGAGGGAGCACGAUUCCUUUAGCGAGAAAUUCGCGUCGCCCGCGAGUGGAGCGGCAAUGGGAGGGGUAGAGAAGGCCGUCAAUGGAGAAAAUGGGGCGUACUCAAGGGGCAACGGGCCCAGUUCCAAAGGCGCGAGCACACCCCGCGAAGCCGAGGGGGCUGGGGGGGGGGUAACGACGACCGGGAGGGGCCGCAUGGGACGCAUGCAAGGGAUGUCAACGGCAGCAGGAGGGGAGCGGCUCCCUACUCCUCCAUGUCAGAUGAGAGGAGGGGUAGGUGGAUGCGUUGCGCGAAACGCCGCCGCCGUUGCGCCAGGGGCAUCCAGCAGCAGGGGGGGGGAAGGUGGAGUAGACGAACGGCUGCUCGCUCGCCGAGGACUCGCGAGUGACAUGCGGGUGGGAAUGGACAUGGCCGGAGACCUUGAAAAGGAGGUGGAGGAGUAUGACGAUGCCAGUGAUGUGGAAUUUCAGUCUCCGUGCGGGGGUGAAGCAAAUGCAUGGAUGGAGGGGGAAACGGGCAGGGAGGAGGACGUUCCUGCUGGGCCUUUCGGCGGAACCGAUCAUUCCUCUUCAAAUACUAAUUAUAGGCGCUUGCUUCUGGCCAAUGGAUCGCUAAUACCUGACGGUGGGGAUUAUUUUGGCGAUGGCAAGGUCGCCAACGGGCAGACGAUCGGCUAUUGCUACGAGGGGGAUGUAGGGCCGGGAACAGGAACGGGGAUGAAAAGAUCAGGAAGCUUUCCGGGGACACCGGUGCCUGGGGGAGCAAUUGGUAGUACUGGUGGUGGUGGUGGUGGUGGUGGUGGUUUGCCUGUACAACAUGAGGCCGUACCGGUUGUGUCCAAGUCAACGUCGCUGACUCUGCCGCUCACAGACGGGACAAGGAUGGGCCAUUGCAGCCGUGUAUUCGCCAUGGCCGUUUGUGGUGUGCACCUUUGCAGCGGUGCGGGAGACAGCUUUGUCAAGGUUUGGAGUCUCAACACGGGCUGCUUGGUAGCAACCUUGUAUGGUCAUCGGGGUGCUGUUAUGGCGUUGGCUGGUACGAUGAGUGCUCCAGGCAAUUGGCGUCUUUUGAGUGGUUCAAGGGACAACACUAUCAGGGUGUGGAAUCUAGGAACCCUGACGUGCAUAACGACAAUCACUGGCCAUACAAGCGACAUUUUGGGGUUGGAAGUGGGUUACAGGGGUGAGUUCUACAGUCUUUCUGCAGACCACACCAUCAGAAUGUGGUGUUUGGACACCUAUGAAUGCCUCCAAGUGUUUGUGGAGGAAAGCAUGAAUCUCCUUUCGUUGGCAUGCACUGCUAACGGGAUUGUGAGUGGAACUCGUGAUGGUAUGAUUUUGGUUUGGGAUGUAGAGACAAGCAAUACACCUGAAGGAAAGCGUGAGAGUGAGCCUGCAUCCCCUAGGCAAUUCAAAUGCCCCUUGUCAAAGGAUUUGACGGCUCAUCAGGAACAUAGAGUGAUGCAGGAGGCGCUUCGCAAGUUUGUGAGGUUUCGCACAGUUAGCAGUGAUAAAUCGACAACAGGUUGUGACCAGAUCUGGCGUUGUGCCAAUUUUCUGGCAGAGUUUCUGCAGGAUCUAGGAGCAGAGGCGAAGCUGAUUGUGCCUCAGGAAGGAACAAGCCCAGUGGUUCUCGGAAAGCUAAUGGGGGACCGAAACAAUCCGACAUUGACUUUCUGCGGCCACUACGACACAACUGAUGCCCGGAAAGAGGACUGGAGUACAGAUCCAUUUGACCUGCUUGCUGUUGAUGGGUAUCUGUAUGGUCGUGGCGUGUCUGACACAAAAGGGCCAAUCAUUACUAUGCUCUUUGCAGUCAGGGACUUGAUUUCUAGAGGGGAAUUGAAGAUCAAUGCUAAUUUCAUCUUUGACGGAACAGAUGAGAAUGGCAGCGUGGGUUUUAAGAAGGUUGUGCAAGAUAACCAGGUCUGGUUCGAAGGAACGGAUUUGAUUCUCACCUCAAGUGGUGCAUGGUUCAGUGACAGCACUCCAUGCCUAAUCUAUGGAACACGAGGUCGAAUCUGCUUGCGUAUUGAGGUCACAGGGCCUGAAAAGGAUCUGCAUACGGGAUCAGAUGGUGGAGCCUUCAGUGAGCCUAUGAAUGACCUGUUGAGCGUUCUUGUUAACCUUGUGGACACUCACAACAUGAUUCUUGUUCCUGGCUUCUAUGAGGAUGUGAAACGACUUACUCCGGAGGAGACCAAGUUUUAUGAGGCGCUCGAUUCCAAAAUGGAGGACUACAAUCUUGAGUACAAGGCAGCCAAGGGAUUGAAAGCUUUGACGGCAAGGACAGGCAGAGAACUCUUGAUGAACAGAUCGCGGCUUCCGUCUCUAAGUAUUACUGGAAUCGACAGCUUCGGCGAAGGCUGGUCUCGAAUCCCAAAGUGUGCAUCAGCAAGGGUUGUCAUUCGGCAUGUACCUAAUCAGGAUGCUCACGGGCUCAUCGAGAAGCUCAAGUCGCAUGUUCUUCACGAGUUUGCGAAGCUGAGGUCUCUUGGAAACAAGAUUGAGGUUCAUCAAAUACAUCUUGGGGACUGGUGGUUGGCUGAUCCACAGAAUCCCUACUAUCGCACAGCGGAGAAGUGCAUUGAGAGGCAGUGGGGAGUCCAGCCGAUGUAUGUGUGUGAGGGAAGCACCAUCCCGGUGGUAUCGUUCUUGGAGAAGACACUUGGCGCUCCUGCUCUUCAUCUCCCCAUAUGUCAGGCAACUGGCCAUUUGGCAGAUCUGAACGAACGACUUCGCUGGACCAAUUUUGUCAAAGGGAAGGAGGUUAUGAAGGACCUGUUCGCUGUUCUAGGCAGGUCCCCAAAGCCCUUCGGACAGCAUUAUCAGGCAUGAGCGGCCUCACUUCAACACCAACAGGGCGGUGAGAGUUUUGCAAGAUUGUGUGUGUGUGUGUGUGUGUGUGUGUGUGUGUGUGUGUGUGUGUGUGUGUGUGUGUGUACACAAGCAAGAGAACAAACUGAGACAACAGACUGAGACGAUAAGAGGGCAGAUAUUGGAAGGAGGGAAGGAAGAUGAACGUGUGAGGUCUAGACCUGGUUUUGCACCAACUCAAAUGCAUUCAUUUUGCUACAUGAGCUGAAAUUUUGAUCACUUUAGAUGACAUCUGCGGAGAAAUCUCCGACUUAUAGAGUUAUUGUGACUUUUUUCGAUACGGGGUUACCAAACGUGUAGCCGGCAAGCACUUUGCCAUCUGGCAAAAGCACCACAUCCAAGGGGUUUGGAAGAACAACUUCAACCUAAGCUGACGGGGAGACGUGCAAUUAGUGUGGGUGAUUGAUCUCCCUCUCUGCUCACGACAGACUUGCUCUCCACGUACAGUAUUCGACGUCGCUGUAUGAGGGAGAUGGUGGUUCCUUUCCGAAAGGCGGAUGUGUCAGUCGUAAUGAGAAUGAUUGAGAAAUGGAGGUGUUGUUCGAUGCUGCGAAGAAGGAAGGACCGUUCUGCUCUCUGAGCUCAAUAAUAUAGACUCGUUCUCCUCCAGGUGCGGAUUCCGUCGCAGAAAGCGAUUGUCUGAGUAAUCAGAAUGGCUACUGAGGAAGGAAAGUGUCGUUUCCUGUGAUUAAUAUUUGCAGUUUGUUCCGCUGUUGGUGCGCCUUUAUACUUCUUUCACUAGGAAUUUGGAGGAGUAGAGGGAUGUCCACCAUGUCAUCCUUUUCGACACCUCAUGGCUGUUGCAUUGCUGACUGUGCAUGAGGCAGCAGGGAGGGUGAUCGAAUCUCUGUUUAUCAGUGCCAGUGUCAUUUGGAGUCCAGGUUGGCAUUGUGAGCUGUCCUUGUUUGUUGUAAUCUCAGAGCGGCGCUCAGGAAGUUGGACUGCAACAUGCCAUAGCGUCAGUCUGCCGUCCACAAUGACACUGGCCUUGGCGUGUUUCUCUGAGAAUGUUCCCGUGUCAGAGGUGAACUCGGUAGUUUCUGUCACAAUAUCGCUGUGUCAACUUCGCUGUGCAGACUGCCGAUGUGAUGGGCGAGAUGCACGUUUGUCAUUGUCACAGACCGGUCAGGUUUGCACUCUGUCACACUAUCAGUUUUGUAGGCUAUUCAUGAGUUUUGUCGUUUUUUUUUGUAGGCUAUGCGCAAGUUUUGUAGGCUAUUUUCCUCCAUGCCAGUUUUGUAGGCUGUGGAUAAGUUUUGUUAACAGUCCCAACAUGCAGGAAGUUGUCUGCUAUCUAUUCUGUCAGGCGCUGCGUUUUUUUGGUUACCUUUUCCCUGAGUUUCGGGUCCUUGCCUGCCCUUUGUUUCCAAUCUUCGCUACCUGCUACUGAUUUCCAGAGAAGCCACUGCAUGGGGUGCAGGAUUUUCUGAUAUCUAUUCUCUUAGGUGCUGCAUUCUCCCUCCCUCACCCACCCACCCCGGCCCCCUGAAUUGCGGGUGCUUGCCUGCCCUUUGUUUCUCAUCUUCACUACCCGCUGCCUUACCAUCUUCACUACCCGCUACCUGCCCAUCGUCGAUACCCGAUACCAAUUUCUGCACGCAAUGCAGGAUUUUCUGCUACUUAUUCACUUAGGUGUCGCGCUUUGUUUUGUUUUGUCUUUCCCCCGUGAACUCCGGGUCCUUGCCUGCCCUUUGUUUCCCAUCUUCGCUACUUGCUAGGCUGCUACUGAUUUUUAGAGAACCCACUGCAUGCGACACGAGACCUUGCUUGGUGUGAUGCCGAGCUGGAGCUAGAUGCGGAGCUAGAGAUGCAUGAGACGAUAAGAGCCGCACAUAGAGGAAGAAUGGGAAGGAAUUGAAUAUGUCGAGAUCCGGACGUGGUUUUGCACCGACUAAAAUGCAUUCAUUCAUUUUGCUACAUCAGCUGAGUUUUUAAUCACUUUACCUGACAUCCGUGGAGAACCGCUGAAACGCGAAUGGGUUCCGGAAAAGGUUCUCCUGAUCUUCGAUUUAUUGAGAGACUUAUUGUGAUGUACUGCAAUUGAGUUGUUUUGAUCCAGUUUACCAAAUGUAGCAAGAAGCCUGCAAGCACUCCCAUCUUUGCUACCUGCCACUGAUUUCCAGGGAAGCCACUGCAUGCGACAGUGCGGGAUUCUGCUUGGUGUUAUGCGGAGGAGCUGGAGCUAAGAUCGUCUGGUCAGUAAUCUGCAAUUGGGAAUACGGGAACAGUCUACGAAUCGACAAGGAAGUUGCAGCGAUCCAUCAUUUAUGGUAUGAGGAUUACGACCAGCGGAAAUUCUCCACAACUCCCUCCCCCCUAUUGCCAUUCCAUGCUCUUCCCGCCGUUGUGCCGUCGCACUGCCGGCAAAGAAGACUUGUCGCCAAAGAGUUUGCAGUGUGAGGCCCUUGCGGUGAAAAAUGCCUAACGCAGGUUGCAAUGAAGAAAGAGUGUGAAGGGUUGUAUGUCUGUGUGCGUGUGAAGUGUUGUGUGUCUGUCUGUGUGUGUGUGAAGUGUUGUGUGUCUGUCUGUGUGUGUGCAUUGGGUAAUCCCUGUUCUCCUUUUGCAUCCCACACCCUACUCACCCUGCUGCUAUCACACUUCCACCACCAAAGAGUCUCACAGUGUGAGGCCUCGUGCGGAAAGUGCCUCGCGCAGGUUACAAUUGAGAAAGGGUGCGGAGUGCUGUAUUUGUAUAUGAGGUGCAUAUAUACAUGAGUGCACGCACUGGACUUUGUCAGGAAAAUUAGGGGCUUGGCCCUUUCUGCAUCACCCGGUUCUCAUUCAUUGUGAAUAAACCACCAGUUCACGCGAGCCUAAGGUGAGCUGUUACCGGUGUGUAUACAGCAAGAGGUUUUUCGAUUCGGGCCCAGCGAGAGGUUUUUCGAUUCGGGCCUUGGCCGAUCAUGAAGGCGCGGAAGGCUACUGCUAUGAAAAGUCCCAGUCGGAGAUUCGCACGGAAGAUUCCACACUCCUGUGGGGGAAGAAUCUCACGGUCUUUUCGUUUUCCCGUAGCUCUCUCUUGCUUCGUAGAAGAGGCCUAGGGCUUGUUUGCACUUUUGCCAAAGCCAUAGGGAACGCAAUGAAUCUCGAGUAUAUACUAACACUCGGGUUUUCCGAGACUCUGUCCAAAAAGCCAUUUUUAAAUAAUGCAUGCGACACUGUAUCGUCGUCGUCAGAAAAGAGGAUUAGUCGUCUUUGAGAAUUCGUUGCACAAGACUUUCUUUGUUACGAAGAGGGUGUGGUGCUUGCUUGGUGUCAGUGUAUGUGUGCACGAUUGGCACCAGAGCUGCCGAGUGAUUUCUACUGAUGGGUGGAAUGAAGUGAGUUUUUUGUAGAUGGAGAUCACAAGCUCUUGGUGGUGAGUUGGGCUUUUUUUUUUGUUUUGGUGUUCUUGUAGAAACAUGAAAUUGGGGGUAAAUGGUGAGCAGUUACUACUGUUAGCAGUUUUCCCAAGGACUAAGUCCCCAGAUACACUGGUGUCUGUAUCAGGUGGGACGGGGUUCCGAUAUAUAGCUGAAAUAUGUCUUUGGGCUGUACGAAGCGGAACAAGAUACUGAUAUAAGGAGGGAAACUGGAGGAGGUGUUAGCUGUGAAUCAUGCCCUCUAGCCUAACAAAUGGUGAGAGAGAUAAGAGAGCCAUGGAGCAUUUGUCAGGCACCAUGCCAAGACAUUUUGGAAUACCAGA